AUGGCUCAUUGUAGCCAUUAGUUUUAACUUUUCCUCUACUCUCUUGCGAUCAUUUAUAGUAUUGGUGAAUAAUCUAUCACCACCCCCAAAAUACUCGGAAAUUUGAAACAACUCUAAUGAAAGUAAGGAUAACUUCUAAUUUUAUUAUAAAAAGAAGAAUUUGUAAGUUUUCAUAAAUUAAUGGUGGUAAUAAAACAAGUUGUUGGAAGAAGAUUACUUGUGGAUCUUAUACCACUACCUAAUACAACGUCUUAAACAAAAGUCAACUCAUUGGUUUGAAGUUUGCGUCAUCCAACCAUACUUUAUGUUUAGAAUGAAUGAUAAUAUUGCGUGUCAUGAAGAUUCAAACAUACGAUCACUUGGUCAAACCAGUUGUGAUACCAUGUCACAAACCAGUUGGUCUCAACUCUCAAUAACUUGAGUUAUUGAGAGAUGUUAAUAUACGAAUCUUAACUCGAGUUAUAAAUUGAACUUCUACCAUAUUGUCAAAAAUAGAAGCUCAGUUUGUACCAUGAAAUAAUUUGCAUCACUAUAUGUUAUGGUACAAGUUCAGUUUGUAUCAUAACAUAAAUAUAAAAAUCCAGUUCAUAUCAUAAACAAAUAUGUAGUUUGUAUUAUGGUACUAUUAUUGUCUUUGUAACGUAAAUGAAUUUUUACGAGAUAAAGUAUAGCAACCAACGAAAUUUGUACCAUAUCAUAAACCAACUAAUCUCAAUACUCAAACUAGUUAUGAUAUCAUGUCACAAAUCAGUUUGUCACAUGCCAUCUAAUGAACAAAUUAGUUUCGAUACCAUAUCAUAAACCAACUAAUCCCACUAAUUCAAAUAAUUAAAAAAAAUUAAUUAUGUAUAUUAUACCGUUAACAUUUAAUUUUGAAUUUAACAAACAAACACAUCCACUUAUCUUUAUCCUUUUUUUCCCCUUAAAAUUGGUGGACGUUUCUUCCCGUUCCUUUUGAUUUUGUCCGUAUGUAUCCUUUUGGGAAUCACUUCAGCUAAAUUUACAGACUACUGCGCCGCGGAGCCCAUUAUCUUUCCCAAUCUCCAUUCCUCCCCCUCCCUCUCUCUCAAAAAAGAAGAUGGAGGGCUCAUUCGUAAAUCCAUACUCGUCUGCUGCGUUUAGCUUCUUCCUCAGCAUUAUCAUUGCCGGGGCGACGACUUCCGGCAGUUCUUAUUCAGCCGCUAGUACUCCGACAUGUGAUUUCCCGGCGAUUUUCAACUUCGGGGACUCCAACUCCGACACGGGCGGGUUGUCCGCCGCGUUUGGCCAGGCGGGCCCUCCAGCCGGCGAGACUUUCUUCCACCAUCCCGCCGGCCGCUACUCCGACGGCCGCCUCGUCAUCGACUUCAUUGCACAGGAACUGGGUUUACCUUACCUGAGUGCGUUCCUUGAUGCAAUCGGCAGCAAUUUCACCCACGGCGCCAAUUUCGCCACCGCCGGAUCCACCAUCCGCCCACAAAACACCACCCUUCAGCAGAGCGGCUUCAGCCCCAUCGCCCUCAACGUACAGGGCUACCAGUUCCACGACUUCCUCAACCGCUCCCAGCUCGUCCGCUCCAGAGGAGGAGUCUACGAGAAGCUUCUCCCGAAACCAACAUCCUUCGCCGGCGCGCUCUACACGUUCGACAUCGGCCAGAACGACCUCACCGCCGCCUACUUCCUCAACAUGACCACUCCGCAAGUCGUCGCCGUCAUCCCCGACGUCCUCUCCCAAUUCAAAGCCGUCGUGAAAGCCAUCUACGACCAGGGCGGGCGCCACUUCUGGAUCCACAACACCGGGCCCUUCGGCUGCCUGGCCUACGUCCUAGCCCGCGUCCCCACGGCCCAGUUCGACGAAGCGGGCUGCGGGGUCCCCUUCAACCGCGUGGCCCGGAUUUUCAACCGUGGGCUCAAGAAGACCGUGGGCCAGCUGAGGAAUGAGCUGCCCUUAGCGGCCGUCACUUACGUCGACGUCUACAAGGUCAAGUACGAGCUCAUUCGACACGCCAAACUACACGGGUUCAACGAGUCGAUAAGGGCGUGUUGUGGGUACGGCGGAGAGUACAAUUACAGCAGGGAAAUUGGGUGUGGAGGGAAGAUGAAGAAGAAGAACGGUGUUGAAGUUGAGGCUAAAUCGUGCAAAGACCCAUCUCGAUACGUGAAUUGGGAUGGAGUGCAUUACACCGAAGCAGGCAACAAAUGGAUUUUCGACCAAAUUGUGGGCGGCAGAUUCUCAGACCCUCCACUCCCUCUGCGUAUGGCUUGCUAUAGGAAGGAGUAGAAAAAUAGACACAUCAUUAUGAG